AUGCCGUGCCAUUGUGAUGAUGGCUGGGAAAAGUUUGGAGGAAGUUGCUAUUUGUUUAAUAUCAACCCCUUGUCAUGGGAACAGGCAAAGACAACCUGUACAGAUUUGGGAUCAAAUUUACUCAAAGUUGAAGAUGCCGCUGAAAAUGAAUUUGCAAAGGCAAAGUGUGCAGAAUAUGGUGCAUAUUACUACUGGAUUGGUGCCCGGUACUACGCUCAGUACGGAGAGUACAGAUGGUAUGAUGGUACCGCUAUAAUUUACAAUGACUGGAGCCAAGGACAGCCUGACACUAUCAACGGAUGUGUAGAUCUUUUAGACCAUUUUGACUGGAAAUGGAAUGACCAUUCGGACUGUUUUACAACAUAUGGUGGCAGUAUUUGUGAGAAAGAGUGUGAUGUUGGCUGGGGGAAAUUUGACGGACGCUGCUACAAGUUCAAUACCAACCUGUUGUCAUGGGAGCAGGCAAAAGUAACUUGCACAGAUUUGGGAGCUAACUUACUCAAAGUUGAAGAUGCGACAGAAAAUGAUUUUGCAAGAGCGAAAUGUGCUGAAUAUGGUGCAACUCAUUACUGGAUAGGUGCCCGGUACUACGCCCAGUUUGGAGAGUACAGAUGGUACGAUGGCACUACUAUCAGUUACAACGACUGGUACCCAGGAGAGCCAGACAUUAUCAGCGGAUGUGUGGAUAUGUUAGACAUCUAUAAUUGGCACUGGAACGACCAUCCGGACUGUUCUACUUCCUAUGGCGGCAGUAUUUGCGAGAAAGGGCUAUUUGAUUAG